AUGUCAAAAGAUACUAACGAUGAGAUACAUUUUUUCAACGAAGUGUUCUCCGCUCUUUCUUUCCAACAAUUAGAACAAAACUCAUUACUCUGUAUUGUCCUUUUAUCAGAAUUAAUGACAAUUGACAUUGGCGAUAAAAUACUCAGAGCCAACAAAAUUGGCGAGGAUUUGAUAAAUUUGCCGGCAGCAACUUCAACUCUCUACUGGAAAAGAUACCAGAAGAUUCUCUUAUGGUUACAUAGAACGCUCGGUCAGUCUUUUCAACUUAUAUUGAGCCAGCUUUAUGAAAAAAUGCUGAUUUGGUUCGACGACGAUAAAGAAGUUGAAGUAAUUGCAGGUUUGUCGUUACUUUCUAUCUUUGCACAAUGUUUUACUUCACUUUUAUAUUCAUCGCCUAAGUCUCUUGAAACAGCAAUUGAAAAAAUUUUAAUUAGUGUUACUACAAAUUCAUUUAACGUUAGAUUAGCAUCGCAAUACACACUACGAUCCAUCUUACAAACGACUCCUAUUAGCUUUGCCGAGCAAUUAUGUGAGUAUUUCAUCGAACCAUUCGAGAGCCAUGAUCCGAACGAUGCAUUUUCUGGUAUAGCAGAAUGCCUAUCUAUAAUUAUUGAAGAAAGACCGGAAAUGAAGCAGUAUUUGAAGUUCCAUGAAGUUCCAUAUUAUAAUCUUUCAAGUUUUGUCGCAAAUUUACGCUUAUCAUCAUAUCUUGCAUUACCUGUUGCUAUAAAAACAACACCAGAACUCUUUACUCCGGAUGUUUGGCUUCAAAUUUUUGAAAAAUUCAAAAUUCUACUGACAACUGAGAUUCCAGAUCUUAAGAAGGCCACGUCUUCAUUUAUAGACAUAAUUUUCCUCAAAAAUGGCGAAUUAACUGAAGCACAAUCAGUUCCGAUCAAAGAAUUAUGUAAUUAUUUGUUAGAACAUUACGAAACAGAAAAUAAAAUAUGCACCCUUAUUGCAGUCUCUUCACUGUUAAUUGACCGAUUCGAUGAAAUUUUCCGAGUCACUUUUGCAUAUCCAUUAAGAGAAUCAACUUCUCAAGGUUAUUCGCGUCUGAUAAAAAUCCAUCCAAAGUUAGCUACAACAAUCUAUAACUAUGUCAUGAAAAUAACGUUUCCUUACUUGAUAUCAAAAGAUUCUGUUGCUUCUUUACUUACAAUUAGCUUCAGAGCCUUGAUUAACAUUGAAAUCCCAAUCUCUUACAUAUCAGAACAGCUUUGUUUGCAAUUUUCUUUACAUUUAUCUCACAAAGAUAUCGAAGUCCGAAACGCCGCAGCUGAUUUUGUUAUGAUGUACCACAGCAAAACACAAUGUGCUUCAGCUCUGCACCGUCUAUUGGCCGUAAUGAUGACGGAGCCAAACAGAGAAUUAAGAAUUCGAAUAAUGUCAACGAUGAGAAAGAAACCGUGUGAUGGAACUGCAAUAUAUAUGCUCAAAACACUCAUUAGAGACUUUUCUCCGGAGAUUUGCUUGAGUUCUUUUGAAUUUUUAGCAAAAUAUUGUCAAAUUCCAGAAGUUUAUGCGAUCUUAAACAACUUUUUGCUAGAGAUAAUCAAUGGACUUCAGCAUUCUCCAUCAAUUACCCGUCAAAGUAUAAAUUACUUUUAUGUUAUAACUCAAAAUGCGGAAAAGAAAGGUAAGAUAUACAGUGAGUAUGCAAAUAAGCUCAUAUCUCCAUUCAGAAUCCCCAUUCUCAACAUCCUUUUGAAUGGAAAACAAAGAUUGCCUCAUGUGGCCAUUUCAUUAAUGACUGCCAUCAUUCCUUACUCGAACAACAACAUCUCCUUGGAUGAUUUGACCUUCCAAAUUGUCUCUAACUUGUCGAUUCAGUCAAAAGAAACAAGAAUUCUUGCUGCAUUGAAUUUAUUGAACGCAGCAAUUGAUAACACAACAAUUGUUAUUGAUCAUAAUGCAGAAAUUCUUUCGAGUUUACUCACUUUGACAAGGAGGAACUUCCCCAAGGAAUUCAAAGAAACUUUGAUCGUUUCCCUCUCAAAAUUGGCCGCAAUAAAACCGUCGAUUUACAACGACAUCAAAGAAAAACAUAAGACAGCGAUAACUCCUAAUACUUUCUUCGAUCAAUGCGAAGCAAUUGAUCCAACGCAAAAGAUGCUCUAUGUCUGUGCUUCUAUGACUUUGAUGGCAUUAUUAGAUAUUUUAUCUAACAAUUCGCUGUCGCAAUUGCACCAAUUAGCCAUAGAUGCGUUAAUUAAAACGCUCAAGAGCAACAGAUUGCUUGGUAAUUUCGUUGAAGACAAAUUAGUUGGAAGAUACAUGGAAAUGUUAAGGCAAGACUCUCAUUCUGUCUUGCUUUUAGGAUCUAUUCCAACUCUAGAAAGCUCUGUAUCCCACCAAUCCUUUGCUCCUUUGUUGCCUUUGAUUAUUGAUUCAAUUUGCCAGAAAUGGAACACGACAGAACACUCAAUGUUCGAACAAAUAUCAACCUGGCUUGUCCAUUCCAUGCCUGAAGACAUGAAACCCUACAUGCCAAGGCUUGUAACCGUAUUUUUAUCAGAUCUCAGUACAAUCGAGUCUAUUUUGAGCACAUUAGUCAACUUCAAGUCAGCCAUAUCAUCAGUUGUUCACAUUAUCUACCCAAUUGUCCUCUAUUGGAUCAUUAAUAACUCAGAUAUGGUCAAAACAUGCGAGAAAGUCCUUGAAAAGUUCAAAGUUCUCGUUAAAAACGGCGGUUCACAGAAAUACGCUGUCCAAAUCAUUAAUACUUUAGUGAAAACCGUUCAAGGAAAUUUUGCAUUGAAAAAAGCAUCGAUAGAUGUCAUCUUUGUCGUUGCUGUUCAGAUGGGAUCGUACUUCUUAUUGCAUAUUCCAUCUCUUUCUCCCACGUUUGUACUUCAAGAUUAUCCGAAAUUUGCUGAAUACGUCAGGAUCAUUGAAGAAAACAGGGAAAUUCCACCUGAAAUUCUCAAUGAAGUCACUCCUGAACCAGUUAUUCCUCUUCCCAAAGUCCAGCCUCCUUCUGUUAAACACAAUCCUGUGAUUUUAGAUUGUCCAAGUUCCGAUUUAAGUUCUGAUGAAUGGGAAGACUGGUUUGAAGAUCUCUGCCAAACGCUGUUCACUGAAUCAUCUUCUAGAGCUAUUUCUGCUUGCUAUCUUUUGGCUUUGCGUUAUGUUCCAAUGCUAAACGCAAUUUUCCCUUUGGCUUUUUCUUUAUUGUUAACUCAGGUUGAAUCAUCCUCAAAAAUAGUCAAAACUGUUUUGGAAAGUGACACAACACCACAAUAUAUCAGAGAAUAUUUCUUGAGUGUCAUUGAGAACUUAGAACUCCUAAAUGUAGAGAUUCCUGUUGAUGAUUCGAUCAUUAUGAAGAAUUGCAUGAUGACGAAGAGAUUUUCACAAGCAAUGAGAGCAACAGAGAGAUUGUACGAACAAAACAAAGACAACGAGACAGGAAACAAACUGUUGGAAGAGUAUAUGUUGCUUGGUUUGAGAGAUGCCGCUCAAGGAUUGUUAAAUAAUGUGAAACCAACACCUCAAGCGAGUGAAAAACUUGGAAAUUGGGAAAAUGCGUUGAAAGAUUAUACAAAAAUGUAUAAUGAAAAUGAAAAAGAUGAGGAAAGCAUGCUAGGAAUGAUAAAUUGUUGGUGGAAUCUUGGAAAAUAUGAUGAUAUCUUAUAUUUCUCAAAAAAUGGAAAUUUGUCACUUUACAUUUGUAAAGUUUACACCAUUCAAUUUGACUAUAACAAAUUAUUUGAAGUAAUGAAGAGAGUUGACUUAGAAAAAAUGGACAGCAAAUUCAUUUCUAUCAUUCAUUUCCUCAAAAACAAAAAUUACCAAAAAGUGGAAGAAAAAGUGUCAGAAAUGAGAAUGGAAGUGGGACUUCCUCUUCUUCCAACAGUUUCUAUGGACUACAAAAGGAACUACGAAGAGUUUGUGAAGCUGACUUUCGCAGGAUUCGUUGAAGAAGUCGUUUCAGCUUUGAGAGAAAAUAAUUUGCAGCAUCUAAAAAGAAUGAACACAUAUAAAUUCGAUGUCGUUAAUUACUCAAGUGAUGCAUUGCUAACAAAAUUACUCCUUUUGUCGUUUGUUUACGAUAGCGACGAUAUAAAACCGUUUUUAAUUGAAUACAUCAAAAAGACGAUAGAAGAAAAGAAAUUCAAUGCCUGCGAAAUUGCAUUGAAUCAUUUUGAUCAUGAACAAAAGAAUGAAGAAUUCAACUUGUUGAGAUGCGAUCUGCUUUGGGAAAUGAACAAACAAAAUGAUGCAAUUUCAUUUUUGACAAAAAUUGCCAAAAACGUGACAUCUAAAAAGAAAUUAGCGAAUUGGCUGAUUUUAAAGAACCGAAAUGAAGAAGCGAAAGCGUUAUUAAAUGAAACAGCAAGACUCUGUCAAACAGAUUCAGAAAUUUGGCAAUAUUUGACAAGAGUUAAUUUCUUUUUGUUUGAAAUAAGUAAUGAUGAAGAAAAUCUGACAGAUUCAUUUUCUUCAGCUUUGAAAGGUCUUAGUCUUGGUUUCGAAAGCCUUAGUUUAGCAAUAAGAGUUAUCCAAAUCUUGUUCCAACACAGAACAUUGCAAAUCCUCAAAAUUUUUGAGAAUUCUAUUAAUUUAAUUCCAACAAAUGUUUGGAUUGUUGUUUUGCCGCAAAUUAUAGCGAGAAUUGCAUCGAAAGAAAGUGAUAUUGCUGAUCUUCUACAGAAACUGGUUUUGAAGAUAGGUAAUGACCAUCCACAACCUGUUUUGUAUUCAUUGUUAGUUCCUUUAGAAGGUGAUUCUAAACACAGGAAAAAAGCUGCUCUUCAAAUUUCACAAGUUUUGGCAAAAACUUAUCCUGAUUCUGUGAAUUCGAUGAGAAUUUUAUCUCAUGAGCUGAUGAGAGUUGCAUGUACAAGAUUUGAGCUUUGUUAUAAUUGUAUCAGGGACACAUUGUUCGAACCGAAUGAGUUUACCACGAAAUACCUCCAUCAAUUGUUCGAACAGAACUCAAAAGAAAAUGAGACAUUUUUGGAUGUCAGUUUUUCAAGAGAAUUUGGAAAUCUUUUGAAUCUUUUGGAAGAAUGGGUCAAAAAAUAUGAGGAAACAAAAGAUCACACUCAUAAAAACAUGAUUUAUAAUGUUAUGGGACAGAUCUGGCUCAAAAUCAAGCCAAUUCCAAGUAAAAUGAUGUCGUUAGACCUCAAAGAUGUUUCUCCAAAAUUAUCGUCAAAAGAGAACUUCAAAUAUCUGUCAGUUCCUGGAAAUUACAAAAAUAUAGUUUACAUGUCAAAAAUUUCUCAAAAUUUAGAAAUCAUUGAAUCUCUUCACAGACCGAGAAAAGUGAAGAUUUAUGGUGAUAAUGGAGUUGAAUAUGACUUCUUAUUGAAGGCUCAUGAAGACACAAGACUUGACGAACGUGUUAUGCAAUUAUUUGAUUUCAUUAACACGUUUUCCAGCCAAAAGAAGAUGCGAUUGUCAACCUACAAGGUCACACCACUUACAGGAAACGUCGGCUUGAUAGGUUGGGUACCAGAUUGCACUACUUUGGCAAAUUUGAUUAUGACUCAAAGGAAUAGAAGCAAGAUAUCCAAUAAUCGUGAGAUGGAAUCAUCUUUUGAGCUCGCGCAUGUCGAGAAUGAGAAGGAAUUCUAUGAAAUUCCUCUUGAAAGAAGAAGAAAAUUAUUUGUUGAUGGACAGAAGUCAACGAAAGGCGAUGAUUUACAGCAAGUAUUGCUACUACAAUCAUCAAACUCCUCGGAUUGGGUAACAAGACGUACUCAAUACGCUGCAUCUUUGGCUUCAACAUCAAUGGUUGGUUAUGUCAUCGGAAUUGGCGACCGCCACCUUAAUAAUAUAAUGCUUGAUGCCAAAAGCGGCAAGUUGAUCCACAUAGAUUACUCUGAUUGCUUCGAAAUCAGAAUGCAUGAUUCAGUUUUCCCUGAAACAGUUCCAUUCAGACUCACCAGGAUACUUGUCAAUGCUCUCGAGGCAAAACGCAUUGAAGGAACCUUCAGAACAACCUCUAUCAGCAUAAUGAGGGACAUGCAAUCUCGAGGUGACCAAAUUUUGGCUCUUUUAGAGGUUUUCAUUUACGAUCCUUUACUUCAAUGGAUUCCUCUUGUAGGAAGCGGCCAUUCUUCGUUCGGGUCACCUCUGCCUGAAGGACAAGGAGAGAGAUCUCCAUCAGUUGAAACUGUCCACAGAAUCAAAGACAAAUUGCAGAGAACUGACGGAGAUAAAAACGUCGUCAGAUCUUUGGAAGAACAAGUCGAUAGCUUGAUUAAACAGGCUUGCGAUCCAACUAAUCUUUGCAGAAUGCAUCCUGGAUGGAAUCCGUGGUUAUGA